CGCCGUGCGUCGCGUCCGCUGCCGCCACCGCACCGUCGCGACUCGCCGCCGCGGCGGCACUUCGCCAGCGCCACUCCGGCACUCCGGCGAGCACUCGCGUCGCGAUUCGACGCGUGACGCGACCAUGCGCGGCGAUCGCGCCGCCCGCGACAACCGUCACAACAAGGAUCACGACAACCUAAAAUCGUCUCUCAAAAAAGGCAGUAAAUCAAAAAAGCACAGAGUAGUUUUUGACGAGAGCGCCAAUGAAUUUUUCGAAGCGGAUUACAUUAUUGUCGUACGCGAUGAGUGCGGGUAUUCAGAUGAAGGCGAGAGCGAGGAGUGCUCCGGUUGUGGGGCGUGCGAGCAGCGCUACCAGGAGCCGGAGCCCGGGGCGCUCAGCCCGCCGGAAGGGUACAAGGAUAUGGGGCUGUUUAAUAGGGACGGCACGCUGCGGGAGCAGGCGUGGUGGGAGACGGGCGACGUUCUGCUGGUGGGCGAGCGCUCGGGCACGGUGUUCACGCCGCAGCACCUGCAGCUGCUGCGGCGGCUGCAGCGGGAGCGGAUGCUGCGCUCCACCAUCUGCGCGGACUGCGACGCACACGCUGCGCUCCACCAGCCGCUCGAAAUGGAGUACGAAUACGAGGAAGAGGAAGCGAACGAGGCCGACAAGGAGCUGCGGCCGGUGGUCCGGCGCACGGCCAAACACAUAGCCGCCGGGGAGGAGCGGCCGAGAAUCAACUCCAGCCAGCAGACUACACCUAUUGAAGAAUGCCCGCCAGAGUUGUUUAUAGACGACAACCAAAGAGAAUUGCCUUCUGCGCCUAUAACAAGCGAAGAAAGUGACACGGGGGACGCAGAAGGUCGCCAAUCGUCCGAGAACUCUCCUUCGAGGCAGCGGCGGGGGGGCAUUCUCAAAGGCGGGCGUCUCUGGAAGUCGCUCGACAACGACAAGGAUAUUAUUGAACAGAACGAGGAUCAGCGUUCAACUACAACGGCGAGCGACGAGGACGGGUCCUUCACGCCGCGCUCGGUGCGUUUCGUUGAGAGACCGAAAGAGACAAGUGAAGACGACCCUUCACAAAGGAGUGAGAUUUCUGCUCGGACGUCCUUGUCUGAUAGUGAAUCCAACAUACAAAAAGACCAUUCAAAUAAUACACAGAGACUUGAAACUCCGCUGAUAGUUUCAACUCAAACACCGAAGCCCAACUCAGCCGUGCAGCAACUUUUCAAUAGCAGUAGGCCACCGCCGCCCGCCAUCGAGCCACAGUUGGUUACCUCGGAAACUCUAAGAGCUUGGGACGCCGGCGUCAGGCCUAAGCCAGAGGAAGCAGCCGUGCGUCGGGUAGCCGAGAGGAAUGCCCUGCGGUGCUCCCUACUGCGAAGCGAAGCGCGGAAGAAACAACAGCCCAAGCAAGAGACAACCUCACUAGCCGAGAGAAUAAGACUCCUGACAUGCGAUGUGGAGGAGGAGGGCGAAGAGCAGCGGGCGUCGCCGGCCGGCGCCGCGGCCGACAAGUACUGUAGCGGCAGCGACAAGUCCAGCGACAAGUCGUACAACAGCGUCGACCGGAAUAACGAGAAGGCGUUCGGCAGCGCCUCGUCGAGCUCCUCGUCGUCCACGCUGUCGGUGACGCCCGCUUCGGCCCGCCAACUACCCCCCGACUUGGGAGAUGUUCAUCAGGAACCACAAAAGCCAAGGCCGGAGCCUCGAAGACAGUUCCUGUCGACGCUAGCGCCACUGACGGCGUGCGUGGGGAGCGCGGCGCACCACGAGGGCUUCUAUUACGUGCCGCCCGGCGAGCGCACCUCGGCCUCUACCAACAUCGACCUGCAGGAGCACAGCGACGCCCCGGCGCCUGACGUCGUCGCUGGGACCCCGGGUGCGGGCGACGGCGACGACGGUCUGGCAGCGUUCGCGCGCGCAGCCGGGCCGCGGACCGAGCGGCUGCGGCAGCGCUACAGCCACGAGUCGCAGCCGGCGAGCAGCGACGAUGAACACGACGACUACGGGUUCCACCGUCGGCCGGCGGUCCGCGGCAUUGCCAUCAAGCAACAACUAGGAGCGUCCGAAGACAUCUUGCAGCAGAUGCAGAACGACCUGCAGCCGUCACCCGGCGCCGCGCCCGCGUCCUCCACCCCCGCGCCCGCGCACGCCUGCCAGCGCGCCAACUCCAACUACUCCUGGCCGUACUACUCCGAGGCUAACCUCAACUCGAGGCCUCAGAGCAGAGCCAGUGCCACAUCUAAUUGGUCGCAGAAGUCGUCCGAGUAUGUGUCGGGCCGACAAUGCGGUAGCACGCCGGUGCCGCACGGCGACGCGUGCUACGCGCCGGCGCCGGGCGCCGCGUACGCGCACUACCAGCACCGCCCGCAGGACGCCGUCUACAAGAACUGCUCACUCUACGCCAACGUCGGGUGUUCGGACAGCAGCCAAGAGCUGUACAGCUCGCAGACGAGCUCGGAGCAGACGUCGCCGGUGCGCGCGGCGCGUUUCCGCCGGCCGGAGUCGCCGCCCCCCAUCCGCAACCACCACCAGCUGCUCUACGUGCCCUACAGCAGCCACUACCAUUACCAGCACCACGACUACACGGCGCACUGGACCGCCAACGACUACACGCGCAUGCACUCGUACUACCAGCAGCAGAGCCGCGGCGGCGCGAGCACGCCGCAGCCGACGCCGGCACAGCCGCAGCGCGCGCAGUACACGCACGCCUUGCAGCUGCAGACGCUAAUCCCAGCCCCGGCGCGAUACAGGCCGGUGCCGGCGCCGCAGCCCGGGGGCGGUAAACAGAUGAUAUGCUACUCGGAAAAGGUGGCAGCACCGCUGUACCAGCAAGCGCCGGGCUCGCCGUCGCGAGCCGCGCGCGGCGCCCCGGAGGGCGCGCCGGCGGGCCCGGCCGCGGCCGCCGCCACCUCGCCCAUGGCGCCGCCCUCUAACCCGGUCUACUACGCCAUGAAUGUCUGAC